AUGCCCCCGGCAGCGGCUGACGACUUCAAUCGCCAGUACAGCCGGUCUUUAGAAGACGACACUCCGUUCAACACGGAUCUGGCUCGCCCACCCCAGGAGCAUGAACCAAGUGGAAAGAGUAAGAAGAAGAAAAACAAAAAGGCCAAGGCGGCCAAGGCUGUGACGGAAUCGCCGUCGGAAGAUUUAUUACCAACUCCCGCCGCCGCCCCAGUUGAGCCAUCAUCUUGCCCUGAUCCUACCUUGGACCACGAUGUUCGCCCUACCGUUGCCUCGCCCAUGUUGGAUGCACUUGGCUCAAUCGAUGGAACACCAGAGAACGACGUCGUGACUCGUACAGACACCUGGGCUCAGGCAGUUCCGUACGGCAAAAGCCCUCCUACUGAUCUGAUGGAUGGAGACCUGCCGCAAGAGUCACCGGUCAAUUUUCCAACAAUCCAAGAGCGAGGUGGUUUCAGUAGUCAACCUUCUUCGGCAUCGCCGCCGACGCGCAUCCGGCCUUUCAGCUAUGGCAGUGGCUACAGAAGUAGCAUUCAAUCCCGACAGCAAUCGGUGGAUCGACGCAAGAGCCAGUCGUACGGUAGUCCGAUGGGCAACCUCGCACCUCCUCCCCAUAUGCCCCAGGCCCAUUUCUACGGAGCACCCGACAUUGACCUGGGUACUCAACCCCGCCCUCCGUCCGACUGUGCGUAUUCAUACUGCGGCUUUGAUACACUGCCGAGCUUUGCGGUGAAAUCGCCCCGAGCAGGGAUUAAUGUACUAGUUGUGGGUUCCGACGCCACUGUCGAAGUUCACGCUAUCGAGGACCGCCGGGCCCGUCUGGUCGGGCUGAUCACUGGUCUCGGUGGCAGGGUCCUCGAAGCAAAGAUCUUGGCCGGUCAAUCUUCCAAUGAUUCUAACGUCGCGUCCCAACCCCAUAUAGCGAUUACGACCCACGGCCCAAUCCCUCCAAACGAAGAAGAGGCGCUUGGGUCCCCGGCGGGAUCGGAUAUCCAUGAAGUCCCUUCCUCAAUGGUACGAGGUCGCUCCGGCGACAGACGUCUUGACACUCCAUUCUAUCAGACCAAGGUUCAAGUGUUUUCUCUCCGGUCCGGGGCACUCCUUGCCACGCUUUUUGCAAGCAAGCCUGUCCCCUCAUUGGAUAACAUUCCAGGCCAACCAUCGUUUGCUCCCUCGCCAGUUGGUAGCUUGAGACUCUUCGCUACCGGGAGCCAUGUGAUUAUUGCUUCCGGGAUUAGUGGAGAAGUCUAUGUCUUUAGACAGACUUCAGCGGACACCUAUCAAUGCCUGGGCAAGACCUGGACCAAUGUCCAUGCCGGAGAAGCUCGACGAUAUUCCACCUCUUCAAGCUCCACUGAUCCUGAUGGGUCUCACAAUGAUUCCCUGCGUACUGCGGCUUUGGAAAGACCCAUCGUGGCGGUACAGGGAAGAUGGUUAGCAAUUGUGCCUCCUUCGACGUCUUAUAGGGGAUCGGUUCAGGGAUUUGUACCCCCCAACAUAAUACAUGAAAAAGCUCAAGGACUGGAAACUCGGAGUCCACCUUCCAUGUCUUCAGUGAAUUGUGCUACCGACGUGGGUGAAGGAGAGAGCUUUCUCAACAAGGUGGCUCGAGGUGUAACGCAGGAGCUAGUUAAAGGUGCCCGCUGGAUGGGCGACCAGGGCCUUCAAGCAUGGAACAAUUAUUGGAACAGCCAACAGCCCCCCGGAAUGCCACCACCUCCACGGCCUAGCCGGACUCCCGAAAUUCCAUCUCAGGGAUACGGAGUAUUUCCCCCAACCCACGCUCAGGAUACUCAGAUAUCCUCAUCACCUGAACCUGACGCGGUUUCGAUCAUCGAUCUCAAACGCUUCGACGAUGGAAUGGAUUCAAGGACUGCAUCGCUUAAUCCUGUGGCUACCUUUCAAGUUCCCAACGGUUGCAGCUUUCUUUCGCUGUCUCCGAAUGGGUUGAUGCUCUUCACGGGCAGUAAGAAAGGCGACGUACAAUAUGUCUGGGAUCUCAUGCAGCUCAAACAUUGCCGAGCAAUGGCCUUCAUGACUGACGACCAUACUGCUCAUAGCCCGAAUGUGCGUCAGGUGGCGAGGUACGCGCGCUUAACUACAUCCAGUAUUGUGGAUGUGAUUUGGACACCACCCAUUGGUGACAAGCUAGCCAUCAUAACCAGAAAGGGCACAGUCCAUGUUUUUGACUUACUUCAAAGCGCUUUUCAAUGGCCUCCUUUCCGGCGAGCUCGGUCUGUGGUGCAAAGGUCCCCGGCCCUCGGCCCGGCGAGUGAUGAUAUGUCUUCGCAGACAAACCCUAGUAAUCCCCUGUCGGCUGCCAUGAAGCUCGUCGGCGGCAAGACGCAGCCUUUUUUCUCCGCAGUCAGAGGCCGCGUCCCUUCGUCCGGCGCUUCUUUCCCCAAUAUGAGUGGAUUUGCACUGUCAAGUGCAGCCAGCAUCAAAGGCGGAAAAGUCGUGGCAGCUGGUCUCGGUAAAUCUAUGGGUGCCGCUGCAACGGGAACCGUGCACACUCUUCGGCAUGUUGGCGAAAAUCGGCUUCAUCUGGCUGGCCUUGCUCAUGAUCCGGCGCCGUCUCGGGUCAUGUGGAUAUGUGGCAAGGGUCUCAUCUCCCUGGGAGUGAUAGAUGAGGGUGUGUUCAAGUUGUAUCGACUGAAAAAGGGUCCCAGUGGUCAUAAAACCCGCCAGUCGCACUCUGUGAUCGGCGGCAAGGAAAGCCAGUUCAAGCUUCCUGCCAAAUUACAGAACAGUUGUGGGUCGGCUCCGGUAUUGAAGUACGAUCCGGACCUUGUGGUUCAGGCUUCGCUUCUUCUACCAUCAGCCAACUCCCAGGCACCUAGCACUACAAAGCCCUUCUGCCAGCCUUUGUCCCAGGCCGAGAUUGAGACGAAUACGCCCUAUCAGCCUUUCCAUACGGACCAGCGCGUCGGUUUGCAUGUAUUUCAAAUGGGGAACAAUUCUUCCGUUUCUACCGGCCAGUGGGUGUUUGGAGAUGACAUCCCGACCACCAAGGUACAUGUACGGUCGUACAGCAAUAGUGGCGAUGACAACGCGGAUGACGAAGACGAUAACGCCGCGAUUCAUGGCCAUUCUCUUGGGGCUGGCGGUGAUAUGGAAAACUUGAUUACUCUUGGCAACAGCACCGGUAACAUGGAAGAAGUUCUCAUCACCACCCGUCGAAAGAAGAGGCACUCGGCUCCCUUGAAAGCCGAUGACGGGUUUUUCGAGGAUGACUGCGAAGUUCUCGACUUUGCCCGGGAUCGGGUCUGA